AAGCCGCCCCGCAACUGGAAGAGCUGGCGCAGCGCGCCGAGCGCGGGAGCCGCGCGGGCCGGAGCGGAACGGCCGCACUGCCCCCCUGCUCCCAGCGCACCCGCCUCCGUUCCGCCUCCGUCCAGGGCGCGGGCGAGGUGGCCCGGGCGCUGGGAACGCAGGGGGCAGGGCCGCGGUGGCGGCGAGGCCCGGGGGCGGGGAGGAUCGGGACCCGAUAAAAGGCGGCGCGCGGCCCCACCCCACGGCAGGCCGGCGGACAGGCUCAGCGCGUCCCUUCCGUCCGGCCCGCGCCGGCGGCGGGAGGCGGCGCGCGCGGCCUGCAGCCUGCCCAUGGAGGCUUUUCCCUGGGCGCCCAGCUCGCCCCGCCGCGGCCGCGCCCCCACGCCCAUGGCGCUCGUCCCCAGCGCCCGCUACGUGAGCGCCCCGGGCCCGGCGCACCCGCAGCCCUUCAGCUCGUGGAACGACUACCUGGGGCUCGCCACGCUCAUCACCAAGGCGGUGGACGGCGAGCAGCGCUUCGGCUGCGCCCGCAGCGGCACCUCCCCGCCCUCCUCCCCCUCCUCGUCCUGCUGCUCCCCCCACGCGGGGGCUGGGCCCGGGGCGCUGGGGGCACCCGACUACGACGAGGACGACGACGACAGCGACAGCGACGAGCUGGGGCCGCGGGGCCGCUACCUGGAGGGCGCGCUGGAGCUGCGGGCGCUGGAGCUGUGCGCGGACCCCACUGAGGCCGGGCUGCUGGAGGAGCGCUUCGCCGAGCUGAGCCCGUUCGCGGGCCGCGCCGCCGCGGUGCUGCUGGGUUGUGCGCCUGCCGCCGCUGUCGCCGAGGCGGCGCCGCGCGAGGAGCCGGCUCCGGCGUGGGCGGCCGAGCCCCGGCUGCAUGCUGCCUCCGGGGCGGCCGCCGCCCGGCUGCUCAAGCCCGAGCUGCAGGUGUGCGUGUUCUGCCGGAACAACAAGGAGGCGGUGGCGCUCUACACCACCCACAUCCUGAAGGGACCGGACGGGCGAGUGCUGUGCCCCGUGCUGCGCCGCUACACGUGCCCCCUGUGCGGCGCCAGCGGCGACAACGCGCACACCAUCAAGUACUGCCCGCUCUCUAAAGUGCCGCCGCUCCCUGCUGCCCGCGCCCCACCUCGCAGCGCCCGAGAUGGCCUGCCGGGCAAGAAGCUGCGCUGAGGACCUGGUUCCAGCCCGUUGGCACUAGGGUCACCUCCGGCCCCAUCUCCCACUUUUGAUCAGCGCGCCCUGUCUUCCUUGGCUGGGGAGCGUGGAACUCAGCAGUUGACAGCUCGUAGUGGUUUUUCCGAAGCGGGCCGGUUGGGGAGUGCUUUACCGGAAAAACGAUUGAGACUAGACCCUAAAAUCUUGACUGUGUAUCUCUUUACACUUUCUAAUUUGGGCACACGCAGAACGGCGAAGGCUGGAUGUAUGGCAAUUUAGAGGCGCCGUUUAUUUACUGUAUACGUCGACCUAUUUUAGAUGCACAUCAUUAUGAAAUUCGCAAUCUAAUCUUGGAUGUUUCGCUUUAUGGAGGCACUUUACUAGGGCUAGAAUAUUUUUUUUUAAAGCCUCAGCUUAAAACUGGCGAUUUUAUGGAAUGUCAGCAAACUAUUUUAUUGUUUGAAGCAAGUAAUACUUCUUAGUUGUCCUUAAUCAAUUACUUUACAGGUGAAGCAAGCCCCUGGUAGUAGUAUCACCGUUAUGAGAAGUGAAAGGUUUAGUAAAAUUUCCAGUAUUAGUUCGAGUGGGUCUUCCCUCCUUGUGGCUUGUUUCUGUCCUAGCUGGGGAUGUAAAAUGCAGUCGGUAGCCGGUAGAAUGAACUCCUUAUCCAUUUCUGUACCAGAACUUUUAUUACUGAAGUAGCAACUAGCCUUCUCCACAUUUAAAAAUUGUGCCAAGUUAUAAUCAUAUUGUGUAUACACUUGGAAAUGGUGCUGUUUAAAAAGUGUAUUUAUACAGUAACAGUAUAUGAAUUCAUUAAUCUUGCCUAGAACUUUCCUCCUUGCACCCUUCCCCUCCAAUUUGCAGUUGUUUUAAGAAGUAUUUGAUAUUAAGAUCUAAAGAAAGGCCAAAGUGCAGUACUAAUUCACCCUAAAUUGCCCAAUCAAGGUUCUAAAUAGUAGAGAAAAGCUCAUUCCAGCUGUUGCCUCUCAAGCUAAAUGGAAAAUGGAAUCCCUUGAGCUCUAUGAGGUUAAUGUGAUAACCUGUGUUCAAGUAGGUUCCACUUCAGGCUGUGUAUGGCUUUAGACAUAGGCAGAACGAGCACUAACUAAAGGAAAUAAUUGUGUAGGCUGGAGGACAAAGAGCCUCCCUCACCACCCUUUUCUAACUAGAAGAUCCUAGCCUGUUUCUGGAAUCCUACCAGCUAUCCCUAAGGGAGAUUAAACUUGAUACUUAGGCAAAGAUUUUUUGUUUUUUAAAUGCAAUUUUUAAGCAAAAGUUCUUAACCCCCACUGCACCCCUGAUUCUCAUUCUUAAACCCACGAUGCUGAAGGUCACACUAUGGCAUGUAGCAGUAUUUGCAUUUGGAGCCUGGCUACCAUCAAGAAAUACAGGAUUCAAAACGGAAUUAAGAUGAACUCAUCUGGAGCAUACAAACUAUAACUCUGAUGACACCAACAAGAGACUUAGUCUAAGUAUACAGAGCUUCCAGUAGUAGUUUAGCUACGGUGUUAGAGGUUGCCUACAGCAAAUCUGGCUUGAUCUGGAACACCAGGAAGCUAUGAGAGGCUAAGAUACGUAUAACGUGGUAGCCGUGGGCCUUUUUCGUCAAAGGAAGAUGCAGCUUAGCCAGGAAAAAAAAACUUCCAGCCCUAUGUAAUUCCUUUCUUAUCAUUUCCUAGAAAAUAAUCCAAUUUGCUGGUUUUGCUUUUAGGCUAUUAUGAAUUCCUAUUCUCCCACCACUCUGUUCUACCUUUUCAAAAGGGUCGCUAUCAACAGACUGGUGUGUCCUCACAGGCCAGUACUAAGCAGGCAACGGGAUAAACUUAGCUACUUUAUAUUUUUAAAAGGGCCAAAUUUUAGACUGUUUCUAGUUCUCAAGCAUAUGCCUUGAAAUAUCUUCUACAUAUGGAAAUCUGAGAUGGGAUGUGCCCACCAUAAAUUUCAUAUUCUGAUACCGAUAUUCUUUUACCAAAACUGGGAAUGUUUUGAACAUGGAGUGUCUUAAGGCCUCAAGUCAGGAAAGCAUCAAGAGGGGUAUCCAGGAGACCCUCACUUCAACUAGUAGGCAGUGCUAGUAAUCCCACUUAAAAGCACCCCAUUCCAGCCUCCACCAUCUAGACCCCCCCACCCCCCAAACAGCCUGGUUUCCAGCUGACACUGAAAGACUGGGAGUUAAAGCAUGAACAGAGGAGUAACUGCCUUAGUAUUACAGUUAAUUUUCUAGAAAUCUCUUCUGAAAUAACCACAUCCUAAUACAGUUAAAUGCAAUACUUGGAACUCUUCACUUAAUCUGAAACAAAUACUUUCCAAAAUUAAAUUAAGGUAAAAAGGUAAAUUAUAUUCAACUUUUCAAAGUUCAAAAAAUAUAUAUACACAAAUUAGUUACCUUCAUAAGCACGUGGUGCAUGCUUGGCUAAGUUACAGAGGUAUAUGGAAUCCCCAAAUUCACUUCAACAAAUGUGUACUGCCCUAACUUGUUCUUUUUCUUAGCCAUUUCCAGUGACUUUUAAUUUUUUGUAUUCUAAUCAUUCUACCAAGUCCUUUUUGGAAAAACUUGUCAUAGAUUUGAUUCAUUAAAGUAAGCUAAAUUAUA